AUGCCGCGCAAAAAAUUAGCUCAAACUCUCACAAAAAAUCCUAAUUCUGAGAACACUACAAGAGAUGAAUUGGAUAGAAAAGAACUCCCAGAAAGUAAACUAGAUACCAAAUUGAACCAGUUUAAAUUUGAAAAGAAGCCUCAUAUAAAAAUUGAGUUUGAGAACGAUUCACCCAAAAAGCAGGAAGGUAAAGGGUUGUGGGAACCGCUGCACUGGAGAGAAUUCUUGUUGAAUUUACAAAAUAUGAGGGCCAAUAAUGAUGCUCCAGUAGAUUCUAUGGGUUGCCAUAUGUGUAUGGAUGAAAACGCUUCGCCUAAGGUAAUAAGAUACCAAUCUCUGAUAUCCUUGAUGUUGUCAAGUCAAACAAAGGACCAGGUAACAUUUGCAGCAAUGCAGCGUCUUAAACAAAGAGGUCUCACAGUAGAUAAUGUACUAUCCAUGAGUGAUGAGGAGUUAGGUAAUCUUAUUUAUCCUGUUGGUUUUUGGAAAACAAAAGUAAAAUAUAUUAAAAAAACUACGCAAACACUCAAGGAACAAUAUGAUUCUGAUAUACCAGAUUCAGUUGAAAAGCUGUGCAAGUUGACUGGAGUUGGCCCUAAAAUGGCUCAUAUUUGUAUGAAAGUUGCAUGGAACAAAAUUACUGGAAUUGGAGUUGACACUCAUGUUCACAGAAUUAGCAACAGGAUUGGUUGGGUGAAGAAACCUACAACUACACCAGAAGACACAAGAAAAGCAUUACAAUCAUGGUUACCCUUUGACUUAUGGAGUGAAGUAAACCAUUUAAUGGUAGGCUUUGGUCAGACUAUAUGCCUACCUGUCGGACCUAAUUGUGAAGAAUGUUUAAAUAGUGAUAUAUGUCCCUCAAAAAGUACAAGGAAAACCCCCAAGAAAUCUCCAUCUAAAUCAGAACCAGCUUCAAACGUAAAAACAUCACCAAGCCCCAAAAUUAUAAAACCUUUGAAGAAGUCGCCAACAUUGAAUACUUUUGAUAAAAAUGAUAGAUCGCUGCCAGUAUCAUCUACUGUAGAUUCAUCUUUGGAACAAAAAUCACCGACUAAACGAAAAUUUGUCAAAAAUUUAAAUAAAGAUUUGGAGAGUUGCAAAGGAGAAAAAAUUAAAGAGCGAAAGCUUAAAAAUAUAGAAAACACAGUUUCUGAACAGCCCACUAAUGAACCUGUCAAAGAUAUAAAGACUAGAAAAUCACCACAAAAUCAAAGUAAGCCUAGAAAUCUAAAGAGCAAAUAA